AUGGUUCCGUUCUGGGCCGUGGUGCUGGCAUUCAUGCAAUUCGAAGGCGUUGGCGCAGCUGCCAAGGUUGCGAGCGCAAGCGCAGGUGCCAUGGUCGUCGACCACGACGGGCGCACCAUUGGCCGCGCUUCGGCGGGGGCUACGGCGCUCGUGCGGAGGCAGGCGGCUGACGGGCAGCUGCAGCGGAGCCUUUUCGUCCGCGCCAGGUGGGGAGUCGUUGACACCAACUCUUUUGUGGAGAGCGGCAGCGGAUCACUGUCAACGCGCCGGGAGUCUGCGCGGACUGCGACCGUCGGGCUCCACGAUUUCAUUGUCGAGGAGCACGAGGCCGAGGCUCUGGCGGCAUGGCAGAAGUUCUAUGGCGCGCAGCAGCAGGAGGGCGCCUGCCCGCUCCCCGCCUCGGGCUUCGACUGCGAGCAGGGCCACGAGUGCACCUUCAAAGAUGCCGAGCUCCAGACGUUCAAGGUCCUGAAUCAUGGGAGCCUGACUGAGACCGUCUUCUCCAACGGUGGGACGGCCUACUUCUUCGGGGAGAACUCACCGAGCGUGCCUCCCUACUAUCUCGCCAAGCUCCAGUGCAGUGGGGAGGUCCUUCUCAAAGCCCCCGCGGCUGAGAGUGGCGACAAGGUGGACAAAGAAAGUUGCUCCUCUUAUAAGGCGGUGCAGAGCGUGACUGUCGGUAACAAUACCUGGAAGUCGUCGGUCGAGCGGUUGAUCAGGAGGCACGGUGGCGGAUCUCUGCAUCGACAUGAAUGUGUCUUCUGCGAGCGCCGCGGGUUGGGAGGGGGUAUGCUUGCUUAG